AUGACCGUCUAUCAGACCAACACCACCAUUGCGCCCUCACCGCUACCGCCACCCGGCUCCUCAUCGCAGGGCGAGGAGAUCGUCCGGCAGUUCACGCAGCUGUCACGUUCGUCCAAGUGGACACUGGUCGAGAGCGUGCCCUUUGAGGGCGACACGUUCGAACCCGAGGGCAUCGUGCGCGUCGGCGACGACCGCUACUUCGUGUCCGCCGGCGAGUACACCGAGGCGACGAAGAAGUACAACAACAGCGCCGUCAUCAACGGCACCGACCGCACCGCCGGCGCCGGCUUCGGCCACCUGAUCGUCUUCUCCGGCUCCGGGCGGCGCAUCGCCGACGCCACGCUGACGCCGGCGGGCGAGGUCGAGUACCACAACGGCGGCAUCGACUACGACGGCACCUACAUCUGGGCGACGCUGGCGCAGUACCGGCCCAACUCGACGGCGACGCUCGUCCGCAUCGACCCGGCCACGCUGGAGCCGGAGCCGCUCGCGCACAUUGCCGACCACCAGGGCGGCGCAAUCCACGACCUCAGCACGGGCACCGUCCUGACGCUCAACUGGGGCAGCCGGGUGGCGUCGCUGUGGAAUCUGAACUACAAGUUCUCCACGCCACCUUCUUUCACCACUCCCCGGGCCGUGAUCAAGAAUCCAAGCCAUUAUACCGAUUAUCAAGACUGUAAAUUCCUGGGCCACAGCCAGACGUAUGCGUUCAAGCCCGUCAUGAUGUGUGGUGGCAUCACGGGAAUCUACAACACGACCAUCGGCGGGCUCGCAGUUGUAGAUAUGGAGACUAUGGUACCCCUCUACGAAGUACCCCUGACUAUGGUCUCUGACGGGGGUAACCUGGUCACCAAGAACCCCAUGGAUGUGGCUAUCGUGAAUGGCAAGAUGAGGCUUUAUUUCCUACCUGAUGAGAGGAACUCGACUCUAUAUGUCUACGAAGUAUCGCCCUGA